CGGACCAGCUUCCGGCAGCCGGUGCCGCGUGUGCUCCUCGGCUUCCGGCCGGUUGUGGGUCUCCGCCGCGGACAUGGGGAAAGUGAGGGGUCUGCGGUCCCGGGUGCACAAGGCUGCCGUGAGGCCCACAGGGGAGGCCGCGCUCAGCCCCGCGCCCCCCGCCCGGGAGGCGGCCUCUCUGCAGGCCUCGGCUGGCGGAGUCGGGGGGAAGGAGUGGGCCUUCACGAAUGCCAGUGUGUUUGCCGGGACCACGAUAGACCCCAGCGCCUUGGUGCAGAAGCUGGACGUGGACGCGAGGAGCCUCGCCUCCGUCAGGAGAGGUGCCAAGGCCAAGGCUGUUUUGCCCAAGAAGGAGAAGCUGAAGCUGCGGCGCGAGAGGUGGCUGCAGAAGAUCGAAGCCACGAGGCUGGCAGAGCAGAAGCUCAAGGCGGAGCGGAGGCGCAGGGCCACGGUGGUGGUGGGGGACCUGCAGCCCCUGAGGGACGCCCUGCCCGAGCUGCUGGAGCUGCAGACGGCUGGCCAGCGCAGGGCGGCCGUCAGGCCCCGGGCAGCGCAGCUGAGCCGGAUGAGCGCGGCGCAGAGGUUCCAGCUCCUCGAGGAGGAAAGGACGCGGUUUCGGGAGCUGCUGGCCAGCCCGGCCUACAGAGCCAGCCCCCUGCAGGCCAUCGGGCGGCAGCUGGCCCAGCAGAUGCGGCUGGAGGGCGGCGGGCAGUCCUGACGCGGCGCAGGUGCGCCUGAGCUCCGGGGACGCCCACGAGGAGGUGCCCGGGGGGCCAACUCUGCCAUUGUCGCCCUGCUCCACCAGCCCCUAAGCGACGGGGCUGCUGUCCUCGGCACAGGCGGGUCUACCGAAGUGAGACAGGCAGUUGACACGGUAGUGUUGUGACUACCCAUUUAUUUUUGCAAUAAAAAAGGUGCUGGAAGGAUCCAGGAUGUCCGUGGAGCUCGGUGCCGGCCACCCAGGAGGUGGUGCGGCCACUCGGCUGGCGUUCUUCACGCUUUUCUGUUUUGUCUGAGUUUGUCAACAGCGACUGCACGUUAUGUGUUACUUUAAGAGAAAAACCUUCUGGCUUCCUGGUGCUCCCGUGGCUCCAGGCUGACCGUGGCCGGACGUGGCUCUGCGCCCUUCUCCAGAUGCCCUCCGUCAGGGCCCCGACCUCUGCCCGGGCGCCAGGGGCUUCCCCUCGGCUCUGCCGGGGGGCAUGGGGGGGGGAGGACGGCGAGGCGCGGUGCCAGCCUGGCGCCGCCGUCCACCGCGGCGGACUUGGGCCCCGCCCCGGAAAGUGGCCUGAGAAGUUGCAAGCGUGUGGGGACGCCGCCCUCCCCCCAGCAGAGAGCCCUGACGUCAGGCAGGCGCAGGUGGGGCGGUGAAAGCAGGAAGGCGGGUGGGAGAGACCCCGCCAGCCUGGGAGCCUGCUGGCUGUGGUCUCGGAGCCAGAGGGACUUCCACGUUCACAGCCCUGUGGUUUUAAUCUUUGCAGAAUGAACUUGGACUAUCUGGUAAUAAAAUUAAGUGACAGACGGUU